AUGGCUCAAAUCCCAGGCUGCUCAGUGUUGCUACUCGUGAUUGUCCUGCUGGGGCCAUUCCCAGCAUUCACCCAGAGGGAAUCCCGUCACGACAAGUUUCUCCGCCAGCACGUUGACUUCCCAAAGACCAACAGCGAGCUUGAUGCAAGGCGCUACUGCAACCUGAUGAUGCAAAAAAGAGGCAUGACCACCACGUUCUGCAAGCCGUCCAACACCUUUAUCCAUGCAUCUCAUUCCGAUGUGGACGCCAUCUGCAGUGACGGGGGAACCUACUACAGCGAGAAUUACUACGACAGCAACAGACCCGUUGCCCUCACUGCUUGCCGUAUUGUGGGAGGAAGUUCCCAAAACCCGCCCUGUAGCUACCGAGGCCGAGUCAGCUCUCAGUACGUGCGGGUGGCCUGUCUUAAUGGCGAGCCAGUACACUUCAAAACAACUCUUUAG